AUGGGUCAUGUGAAUGUAGUAUACCAGCUCCUGCAAGCAUCUCUAGCGCAACGGCUACUACUGCUCGUCCCUCUCGUCCUCGUCCUAAUGCUACUGCUGCACCUCGCCUCCCGAAGCCGUCGUGGCAGCAACGAAAAACAGCAGCGACGACCGAAGCAUAUCCUGCCUCCUUCGCCUCCUGGCCUGCCCAUCAUAGGCCACCUGCACCUCGUCGGUGACCUCCCGCACGUCUCGCUCCGCAGCCUGGCCGCAAAGCACGGCGGCCUCAUGCUCCUCCGAUUCGGCACCGUCCCAAACCUCGUCGUGUCGUCGUCGCGCAAGGCUCGGCUGAUCAUGCAAACACAUGACCACGCCUUCGCCUCGCGGCCGGCUUCCAAGAUCUCCAAUACCCUCGUGUAUGGGUCAUCUGAUAUUGCCUUCUCCCCCUACGGCGAUCAUUGGCGUCAGCUUAGGAGGCUCGUUACCACGCACCUCUUCACUGUCAAGAAGGUGAACUCCUACCGGCUCUCCCGCCAAGAGGAGGUGCGCCUAGUGAUCAAGAAGAUCCAGGAGGCGGCAGCUGCGAGCAAGGAGGUGGACAUCAGCGAAAUGAUGAACACGUUCGCCAACGAUAUCGUGUGUCGUGCCGUGUCAGGAAAGUUCUUCAGGGCGGAAGGGCGGAACAAGGUCUUCCGAGAGCUGAUCCAGCUGAAUAUUAUUCUGUUUGGAGGGUUCAGCCUCGAAGACAACUUCCCAGGGCUAGCGAACGUGUUAGGUUUGCUCACCAGGUGGUUUGUAAGCAACAAGGCCGACGAGGCACACAAAAGAUGGGACGAUUUACUUGAAACGAUAGUAAGCGACCACGAGAGACGAAGAAGAUCUGAGCAUGGGCAUGGUGGUGGUGGUGGUGUUGAUCAAGAAGAGAGUGACUUCAUCGAUGUGUUGCUCUCAGUUCAGCAAGAGUAUGGUAUCACUAGAGAUCAUCUCAAGGCCAUCUUGAUGGACAUGUUUGGUGCGGGCACGGAGACUUCAUCACUAGUUCUAGAACUCGCCAUGGCGGAGCUUAUGCGCCACCCUCAGCUCAUGAGCAAGCUACAAGCCGAGGUGCGGAAGAACACACCCAAAGGACAAGAGAUGGUUGAGCAAGAUAACCUAGCUAGCAUGCCAUAUCUAAGAGCCGUGGUGAAAGAGACGCUGAGGUUGCACCCACCGGUACCACUCCUGCUUCCUCACCUCUCAAUGGUGGACUGUGACGUGGAUGGCUACAGAAUCCCCUCGGGAACACGAGUCAUCAUCAACGCAUGGGCCAUCAGUAGGGAUCCGGAGUCCUGGGAGAGCGCGGAGGAGUUCGUGCCGGAGAGGUUCAUGGACGCUGCCAGCGCCGCGGCCAUUGACCUGAGGGGGAACGACUUCCAGUUCGUGCCGUUCGGGGCUGGCCGGAGGAUCUGCCCGGGCCUCAACUUUGGCCUGGCUACUGUUGACAUUAUGUUGGCAAACCUCGUCUACUGUUUUGACUGGGGUCUGCCCAUUGGCAUGGAGGAAGAGGAUAUUGAUAUGACAGAGGUGUUCGGAUCGACAGUCCGUCGAAGGGAGAAGCUCAUCCUGCUUCCGGAACCACAUGCGUGCGCAUGUUAG